UUGCCAGUCUUGGGGCCAGAAGAGAGUCUCUGGAGGCCAGAGGCUGGCCUGAACCAAGUUCUUGGGAUACCCUCCAUUCAGAAGAGCCACCUGCUCACCUUGUCCCUUCACCUGCUGCUGGGGUCAUGGGGGCUGGGGCCAGCGCAGAAGAGAAGCACUCCAAGGAGCUGGAAAAGAAGCUGAAAGAGGAUGCUGAGAAGGAUGCUCGAACUGUGAAACUGCUGCUUCUGGGUGCGGGUGAGUCCGGGAAAAGCACCAUUGUCAAGCAGAUGAAGAUUAUCCAUCAAGACGGGUACUCGCUGGAAGAGUGCCUUGAGUUCAUUGCCAUCAUCUAUGGCAACACUCUGCAAUCCAUCUUGGCCAUCGUGCGGGCUAUGACCACGCUCAACAUUCAGUAUGGAGACCCAGCGCGCCAGGACGAUGCCCGGAAACUGAUGCACAUGGCAGACACGAUUGAGGAGGGUACGAUGCCGAAAGAGAUGUCGGACAUCAUUCAGCGGCUGUGGAAGGACUCGGGUAUCCAGGCUUGUUAUGAACGCGCCUCGGAGUACCAGCUGAACGAUUCUGCGGGCUACUACCUCUCAGACCUGGAGCGCUUGGUGGCUCCGGGCUAUGUGCCUACUGAGCAGGACGUGUUGCGUUCUCGGGUCAAGACCACAGGUAUCAUCGAGACGCAAUUCUCCUUCAAGGAUCUCAACUUCCGGAUGUUUGAUGUGGGUGGGCAGCGCUCGGAGCGCAAGAAGUGGAUCCACUGCUUUGAGGGAGUGACCUGCAUCAUCUUCAUCGCGGCGCUGAGCGCCUACGACAUGGUGCUGGUGGAGGAUGAUGAAGUGAACCGUAUGCACGAGAGCCUGCACCUGUUCAACAGCAUCUGCAACCACCGCUACUUCGCCACCACAUCCAUCGUGCUCUUCCUCAACAAGAAAGACGUUUUCACCGAGAAGAUAAAAAAGGCACCCCUAAACAUCUGCUUCCCGGAUUACGACGGGCCUAAUACAUACGAGGAUGCCGGCAACUACAUCAAGGUGCAGUUCCUGGAGCUCAACAUGCGACGAGACGUAAAGGAGAUCUAUUCCCACAUGACGUGCGCCACUGACACACAGAACGUCAAAUUUGUCUUUGAUGCUGUUACCGAUAUUAUCAUCAAGGAGAAUCUCAAAGACUGCGGCCUUUUCUGAGGUGGGGUCCUCGCUGCUGGACGCUGUUCUCUCUCCCCUGUUUGUCUUCUGGGUUAGACUCCUCCCUGCUCCCUGGAGUCCCGCUCCAAUGUCCCCACCGCACAGCUUUCAGGGCCCACUCCGUCCACUUACCCUAUAGGCCCCACCUAUUUAAUAUAUCGACCCCGCCCCAUCUUCACAGGCGUCAUAUCUUUCAGGGCAGCCCCCAACAAAAUGCCUAAAUCUAUGUGAAUCUCAGGGAUGCUGACCCAGUUGACUCAGUUUCCUUCUGUCUUCGCUGAUGUCUGAACUGAUGAAUGUCCCUUGUCCUGUGGCCCUGCAGCCCUAGCUGCCUAGUAGCCACAUCCCUGUCCCCCAUCAGGUCUCUAGGACUCUUGGACCACAGUCUGCUGCCCCACUAGCCACAAACCCAAAACCCUGAACCCUGAGCCUUGAGUCAUAGACCUUCCCCCACUCCCGCAACCCCAGCCCUGCUAUUCACCGCCUGGCUGCUCUGGCCUCUUGGACCCACAGCAGCCAGCCACAGCUAGGACAUGGCAGUACUUGGGGGCAGUUAGAGCUUACAGUGACUCAGCACUGCCCAACUGACCAAUCUCUUGCAGCUGUCCUGCCCUUGGGGACCCACAACUCACCUGGUGGGUCUGGGUUCACCAAACAGCCCUCCCUCCCACAGUUUCAUGAAGGUACUCUUGAGAUACCCCUCCCCCAAGUAGGCCUGCUGUUACCAGCAGCCGGGCCACCUCGAUGCGGCAAGUCUGACACCUGUCUACUCAGUGACCAGUGACUGUCCCUCAGCAGUUUCAGGAAUCCAAAGUCCAAGCUGGUCUGUCCAAGCUGAGAGGCUUCUACAUAGAUAAAUUAGUGACUGGAGGUGGAGCUGGGAGUCCCUGGUGCUAGAAAGAGACAUAAAUUGGACCCUUCCCAAAAUACCAGACUCAGAGUACCCCGAGCUCACAUCCUUCAGAUCUGCCUUUUCUGUCCCUGGAUACCAGAUCCGGACCAUACCCCACUUCACCCACCCACAUAUACACAGUACUCCAGGCUGGUCAGCCAGGGGGAUGGUGUGUUGAGGGAGCAAACUAUUGACCACAGCCUUGACCAAUAGUCAAGCUGUCUUAGGGGGUGGCUGGAGGCAGAGUCCAACUCCCAUUGAUCAGCCCCAGGCAGAAAAUUCAGGAUAGGAUGGAGGGGUGGGCUGUGCCCAGAGGAGCCUACCUCAUGUGGGAUUACAGGAAACCCAGGUAACCCUUUUGUCCCUGCUUCUCUCGCCCUCUCCUUCCAGAGCCCAUUCUUUGGUAGGGAAAACUGAGAGCCAUGCCUGAACCAUCAGGGAUAAAAAUCACAUCCCCAACAUCCUGCUUCUUCCUUCCUCAUCGAGCAGCAAAUCUUUGCUUAUGCCCAUGAGGCAGGGCUGUGCUAUAGCUGGGGAUAAGGAGCUUUUAUCUGGCAAAGCCAGAACAUAAACUGCACUUCCCUUAGCUAGAUGCACAGCAGACUCAGCAAUAAACCUUUGCAUCAGGC